AUGAGCAGAAGGAAUCGAAGGGGUAACAACAACAAUCAAGACCUUGAUUUGAAGCUGAAUUUGUCACCGCCACCGGCGAGGGUGGUUGGUGGAGCAGCAGCAGCAGCAGAUAUAAGACGACACAGGAUGUCAACGUCAUCAUCAGAUGACUCGCCACCAAGAUCAUGUGUUUCGUCUGAAGAAAGCCUCAAGUACGCCAGCAGCCCUGAAACUACUUCCAUGGUCUUGGUUGGUUGUCCAAGGUGUCUUAUGUAUGUCAUGUUGUCUGAAGCUGAUCCUCGCUGCCCCAAGUGCAAGAGCACCGUCCUCCUUGACUUCCUUCGCAACAACAACGAUGACAACAACAACAGCAACAGCAACAACAACAAUAACAACAUCCGCAACCGCAGCCACAACAACUAA